AUGGCCAUGGCAGAGCUUUCAACUCCCAAAACGACGUCGUCUUUUCUCAACUCUUCGUCUCGGUUUAGCCUCUCCUCAAAAUUGCAUCUCUCAAACAACUUUCGUCAUCUUCUUCUUCCACCUCUCCCCACAACUCCAAACUCCAAAAUCUCUUGCUCAGUUUCUCAGAACCAAGCCCCUGUUGCGGUUCAAGAUAAUGGAUUGGCGAAGACGAAGAAAGAGUGUUAUGGAGUGUUCUGCCUCACUUAUGAUCUCAAAGCUGAAGAAGAGACAAAAUCAUGGAAGAAGAUGAUCAAUAUUGCAGUUUCAGGUGCUGCAGGGAUGAUUUCUAAUCACCUUCUCUUCAAACUUGCUUCAGGUUCAGUGUUUGGUCCAGACCAACCCAUUGCUUUGAAACUGUUAGGAUCAGAGAGAUCAAUCCAAGCUCUUGAAGGUGUUGCAAUGGAACUGGAGGAUUCCUUGUUCCCGUUGUUGAGAGAAGUUGAUAUAGGAACAGAUCCAUAUGAAGUGUUCCAAGAUGUUGAAUGGGCUCUUCUGAUUGGUGCAAAACCUCGAGGCCCUGGAAUGGAACGUGCUGCUUUGUUGGACAUCAAUGGCCAAAUAUUUGCUGAGCAAGGCAAAGCUCUUAACGCAGUUGCCUCUCCUAAUGUCAAGGUCCUUGUAGUUGGAAAUCCUUGCAACACCAACGCCUUGAUUUGUCUUAAGAAUGCUCCCAACAUUCCUGCAAAGAAUUUCCAUGCCCUCACAAGGUUGGACGAGAAUCGGGCCAAAUGCCAGCUUGCCCUUAAAGCCGGUGUCUUCUACGACAAAGUGUCUAAUAUGACCAUAUGGGGAAAUCACUCCACAACUCAGGUGCCAGACUUCUUAAAUGCCAGAAUUAAUGGCCUGCCGGUGAAGGAGGUUAUUACAGAUCACAAAUGGUUAGAAGAGGGAUUCACUGAGAGUGUGCAGAAGAGAGGAGGCUUAUUAAUUCAGAAAUGGGGUCGAUCAUCUGCGGCUUCUACCGCUGUUUCCAUUGUUGAUGCUAUAAAGUCUCUUGUAACUCCUACUCCUGAGGGUGAUUGGUUUUCCACUGGGGUGUACACAAAUGGAAAUCCUUAUGGUAUCGCAGAGGACCUUGUCUUCAGCAUGCCAUGCCGGUCAAAGGGAGAUGGAGAUUAUGAACUUGUCAAGGAUGUAGAAUUUGAUGACUACCUUCGCAAACGAAUCGCCAAGUCGGAAGCGGAACUGUUGGCUGAGAAGAAAUGUGUUGCACACCUCACUGGAGAGGGCAUCGCCUUCUGUGAUCUUGGUCCGGUAGAUACUAUGCUUCCUGGGGAAGUUUGA